UCCACAGAACAACACUGAAUCAGCAGCAGGAGGUAAAUGCAGAACUGAAAGAGGCUUGUUGAGAGAGCACUCAGACUGAAGCUUUGACCCACACUCCAUCUGUGGAUUAUUAUAAACAACGGGUACCUUAACAUGGCAGCCUCAUAUGGUCCAGAGCCAAGCCCGUCCCAAGUGGUUGUGCUGUUACUGGGUAAGAAACAAAGUGGGAAGAGCUCUGCAGGAAACAGCAUCCUGGGAAAACCAGCCUUUCACAAGAAAACCACUCGCAGCUCCAAGGAGAACGGCACUGUCUCUGGAAUACAAGUGACAGUGGUGGACACCCCAGGGUGGCUGUCCCACUCCACCACUCCAGACAGCGUGUCUAAGCAGCUCUGCAGAGGUCUGAGCCUCUGCCACCCAGAGCCUCAUGUCAUCCUGCUGGUGCUGCCCAUCUCCUCCACCUUCGGCCAAGAGGAGUGGAAGGCCAUGGAGGCCCAGCUCAGACUGCUCCAAACCCCCAUCUGGCAGCGAGCUAUGGUCCUCUUCACCCAUGGAGACAAGUUAGGAGGCCUGCCGAUCCAGGAGCACAUAAGGCAACAAGGUCGGACCCUCAACUGGCUGCUGGAGCGAUGUGGGAACAGGUACCAGGUUAUGACCAACCCCAGGGCCUCAGAGGCUCAGGUUACAGAGCUCUUUGAGAAGAUCCAAAGGAUGAUGGAGACUAACAAACGUCCCAGAGAGAUCCAGGACAGGAUGUACACCCAACUGAGACGAGAUCUGAGCAUGAACGGGGAGAGAAGGUGGCAGGGAAGACAAGAGGAGAUAGAAUUGACAGUGCUGCAUGAUGGGAGGACAAGAGAAAGGAAGCAAGUGGCCUCAGGAUGGAUGCAUAUGUCCCAAGGAUCCCCAGCAGGGCAGGUUGGUUUUAAUCCUGCUCUCAGCCUCAUCCUGCUGGGAAGGAGGAAGUCAGGGAAGAGCUCAGCAGGCAACAUGAUCCUGGACAGAGAAGAGUUUCAGAUCACCCUUAAGACCACCAGGUGCUCUGUCGGCCAUGGAAAAGUAUCCGGGCGGCCCGUCACGGUGGUGGACACCCCCGGGUGGAGUCUGUUUGGCCUGGCCAACCCCGAGCAGGUCAGGACGGAGAUCAGCCGGAGCCCUUCCCUCUGCCCUGCGAGGAGCAAAGUGUGUUUCCUGCUGGCUGUGCCGGUGGGCUCGUUCACAAAGAGAGACAGGAGAGCUGUGGAGACGUACCUCAGCACUUUGGGGGUCGAUGUGUGGACAAGAACUGUGGUGCUGUUCACCUACGGAGAGGAGCUGAGAGGAAGGACAGUGGAGAGACACAUCGAGGAGAAGGGAGAGCCUCUGCAGUGGGUGCUGGACAGAUGUGGCCACCGGCAUCAUGUGUUUGAUACAAAUACAGGAGAUGAUACUCAAGUAAAUCAGCUACUGGAGAUGGUGGAGCACCUUUAGAAAUGAUAGAAAUAUCAUUAUAUGAAAUAUCAUAGACAAUAAAGAAAUAAAGUGUGGUGAGAUAUUAUAUUUACUUGCACUUUUCUAGCCCACCUCUAGCCAUUUGUUAGACAAUUUCUCAUAUGUAUCUGUUUUUAUUACAAUUAUUGUUGAUUCCAAUCUAUUGGAAUAUGUCUUGUACUUGUCACUGACUUAUGCAGUUCACAUUUCUACUGUACAAUACUGUUUUAUGACUGAAUGAUUUAAAUUAUGCAGUUCAUAUUUGUCCAUGGAGGACGUUGAUGCUGGUUAGCACUGUGGCCUCACAGCAACAGGUUCCAGGUUUGGUUUAUCGAAUUGUCAAAUUAACCUGCUAGGAAACCAGGGUCCGUGUAUGUUUUGGUCAUUGGAUUUUCCUUUCAGAAACGGGUAUUAAAAAACAGAAAACGA